AUGUCUCAAGACCAGGAAAUCAAGAUUGGAUUUUUUCUUCAUAUACCAUUUCCAAAACAAGAAACUUUCGAGAAACUUGAACAUUUUGAAGAAAUAUUGAAAGGAAUGUUAGGCAGCAAUGUAAUAGCAUUCCAUACUACAGAAUACUGCCUCAAUUUCCUAAAAUGCUGUCAGAAACUCCUGGAUUGUCGUGUCGACCUCAARACAAUAAAGGUCAACUUCCAAGACCGUGAGAUACUGGUUCGAGCUAUUCCAGCUGGAAUAUCCUACAAAACUGUAUCGUCCUACAGCACUGGGGUCUUAUCCCAGGAAUGUCCUGUUAGACUGAAAGAUCUGUGUACAUCAAGCAAAGGCAAAAAGCUAAUCAUUGGGGUCGACCGCAUUGACUACACGAAGGGACUUUUGGAGAAAACUCGAGCGUUUCAAACMMUCCUUCGACAGUUCCCCAACCUUGACAAGCAGUUGAUCUACAUCCAGAUAGCUGUGCCCACUAGGAGCGAGAACGCGAGCUAUAAACGACUUCAGAGCGAUCUAUAUAAUCAUGUCAACAGGAUUAACAAUGAGCUCUACCAGGAAGGUUUCUCGUCGUCAAUAGACAUGGUAUUGGAAAAGGUCUCGCGGCAAGAUCUGGCUGUUUUGUAUAGGAAAGCAAGGGUUGCCUUAGUAACACCACUAAGGGACGGACUGARCCUUGUUGCCAUGGAGUACAUCGCUAGCCAAUCAAGUCACUCGCCUGGUGUACUUGUUUUGUCGGAGUUUGCUGGCGCAGCCAAAACAUUACACGAAGCCGUGAAGGUAUUUAUGUCUUAUAAUGUAAAAUAA